AUGAAACAACCACAGCCUCAAGGUCGACUUCAGAAGCACAUUACUAAUUCUCAAGGUCGGCUUCAGAAGCACAUUAAACAACCUCAAGGUCGACUUCAGAAGCACAUUAUACAUUCUCAAGGUCAGCUUCAGAAGCACAUUAAACAACCACAACCUCAGGGUCAACUUCAGAAGCACAUUAAACAGCCACAACCUCGGGGUCGGCUUCAGAAGCACAUUAAACAACCACAGCCUCAGGGUCAACUUCAGAAGCACAUUAAACAGCCACAACCUCGGGGUCGGCUUCAGAAGCUUAUGAAACAACCGCAGCCUCAAGGUCGACUUCUGAAGCACAUGAAACCUCAAGGUCGACUUCAGAAGCACAUUAAACAGCCAAAAUCUCAGGUUCAACUUCAGAAUCACAUUAAACAACAACCUCAAGGUCGACUUCAGAAUCACAUUAAACAACAACCUCAAGGUCGACUCCAGAAGCACAUUAAACAAUCACAACCUCAGGGUCGGCUUCAGAAGCACAUUAAACUACACGAUCAGGUUCGACUUCAGAAGCACAUUAAACAACACCCUCAGGUUCGACUUCAGAAGCACAUUAAACAACGACCCCAGAAGCACAUUAAACAACCACACCCUCAGGUUCGACUUCAGAAGCACAUUAAACAGUCCUCCAAGAGAGACAAGCCAUGUUGA